GGUUUUGCACCGAGAGGGAGGGAGAACGAGCUCUACGUCAAACGUUAGUGAAGUUCGUUUUUAAAAUAUAAAGCAUAAUUUAAUAAUAGCGUGCAAGGGAUACAUUAUUUGCUGUGCCCACUAGGAUUGUUAGUGCAGUAUCAAGUCCAGGUUCAGCCCUGGCCUCCACAUCCCACAUGGAACUCAGCAACCAAACAAGGAGAGCAGCUGAAGGACAUAUUUUGGGUCAAUGAGGAUGCCUGUUGUAAAGUACCAGAAAGGGGACACGGUGAUGGGCCGCUGGCCUGGCAGCAGCCUUUACUAUGAGGUGAAAGUGCAGGGCUUUGAUUCCAAAAGUCAGCUGUACACUGUCAUCUACAAGGAUGGUACAGAGCUGGAGCUCAAGGAGCAAGACAUCAAGAGUGCUGCUGGUUUCCAGGCCCGUUCCCGCUCCCGUUCUCGCUCCCGCUCACCAGGCCGUCGUCGCAGUAGGUCACGCUCCCCUGCAAGGUCCACCCGCCGUUCAUCCUCCCGUAUAGCAACUGCCGUUGCACCUACAGUUACAACAGACAGUGCACCGUUGUCUCGCAGGGAUAUAAAAUUGAAGGAUACAUUGGAAGUCAGGCUUAGCCCCCUGCAACAACAUAAGGCAGCUGAGAACAAUAGCAACAAUAAGCAUGAAAAGAAAGCGGAAUAUAACACUGCUAGCAAAGUAAAUGAGAAAACUGAGACUAAGGUAGAAGCAGAGCCCGAGAAGAAUCAAGGUCGUUAUAAUCUACGUCGCAGGAGGGACGAUGGCAAACCAGAACAGUUAGAGGAGAAGGAAACAAAGGUGGCUGCAGCUCCUCCUGCCAUUCUUUCUACACAAUAUGACUUUGGUGGAAAGAUAGGGGCACACUUCUGGCUGCUCUUCCUACCAGCUUGGGUUCUCUUUGUGAUAUUACAAGUCAACCUGGAGGACCCCAGCCUCAACAAUUUCCCCCCUCCUCUGCCUCCUCUUGAAUAUUUCUGGGAUGUUCAGGCUCUUGCCUUUGUCAUUCUCUGGAUUCUAUUCCAGGCCCUCCUCUACAUCUUGCCUGUUGGAAAGCUAAGUGAAGGCAUGCUUCUGAGGUCUGGGGAGAGACUGAAGUACAGAACCAAUGGUUUCUUUGCCAUUGUUGUGACCACUGUAGCGGUGGUGACAGCAGUUUAUUUAGGAGUUGACCUCACCUACAUCCACAGCCACUUCUUGCAGCUGGCUACAGCAACCUUCCUUAUCUCCAUCCUGCUCAGCGUCUACCUGUAUUUCCGCUCUCGCUAUGCUUCCCCAGAGCAGCUAGCAUUGGGGGGGAACUCUGGCAGUGUGGUUUAUGACUUCUUCAAAGGACGUGAGCUUAACCCCCGCAUCAAAGACUUUGAUCUGAAAUUCUUCUGUGAGAUGCGGCCUGGACUGAUUGGUUGGUGUUUGAUCAACUUUGCCAUGGCGCUGGCUGAGAUGAAGAAGCAGGGUCUGGAUGCACCAUCAUAUUCCAUGAUCCUUGUCAACCUGUUCCAGCUGCUCUAUGUGGUGGAUGGCCUCUGGAAUGAGGAGGCCAUCUUGACCACUAUGGACUUAAUGCAUGAUGGCUUUGGAUUCAUGUUGGCCUUUGGCGAUCUGGUGUGGGUCCCUUUUACUUACAGCCUUCAGGCUUAUUACUUGGUCAGCCACCCCAAUCCCCUGAGCCUCCUAGGUGUCACAGCCAUUGUCAUACUCAAACUCAUUGGCUUCUACAUCUUCAGGAAAUCAAACUCUGAGAAGAAUGCCUUUAGGAGAAACCCAUCAGACCCCAAACUGUCCUAUCUGAAAACAAUCCCUACAGCCACAGGGAAAAGUCUGCUGGUUUCUGGCUGGUGGGGUGUGGUCCGCCACCCUAACUACCUGGGAGAUCUCAUUAUGGCUCUUGCCUGGUCUCUACCCUGUGGCUUCAGCCACCUCCUGCCCUGGUAUUACAUGAUCUACUUCAUCAUCCUGCUUGUGCACCGAGACUCGCGAGACAUGAAUGAGUGCAGGAGAAAGUAUGGCUCAGCAUGGGACGAGUACUGCCUCACAGUCCGCUACCGGAUCAUUCCCCGUGUCUACUGAGGAAUCCAGUGUUAGACACUCUCUUGAGACAUUAUUAGACCCAAUGUUACUGUCACAAAAAUGUGAAUGGAUUGACUGACUGAUUAGACUUUUUAUAAUUAUUCUUAAACAAUCUUUAUUCUGGACUGAAGGAACUACAGUACAUUCAAUUUAAUGAUGACAAACAAAGAAACUCAUUGGCAUCAUGAACUGAAGGAUGGCCUUUUAUUUGGUCGAACAAAAAACUUUAAAAUCUGUGCUUCAAGAGUUUUCCAGACGGGGAGAAAACAAAUCCCUCUUCUAGGAAUGUCAGGUUAGGAUGUAUAUUUUUGUACAUACACAGUUGUUUUUAUACUUGGAGAACAUCACACCACAUGCAUACCUUUUUGGUACAUUUUACUCUUUACUCAUAUUCAAAAUGUAACAGUGACAGCUUGGCCCCGGAUUCAUUUUGUAAGAACACCUUUUUACUAUAAUUUUACUGCUUAUGUUUAUUGUGAAGGAUGGGAUUCCCUUUUUGAUAAGCUGUACUGUGGAACUUGGACUUUAGGUGUCAUAUCUCAGGACCCAGGACUUUGUCAGAAAGUUGAAAUAGAAAGGUUUUAGUCUUUAAUAAUUUUGUUGUGUAUAAAUAUUAUAUAGAAAUCUAGUUUUGACUUGAGAGUGUAAAAUGAUUUUUAGAAGUUUCAAAAGAAAAAUCUAACAGUAUGAAAUCCAAAGUGUAUUUGAUUUAGCUUUGCUACCUCAGGUUCACUGACUGUCCAGUAGUCACCCCUUUGUUUCCUCUCUGGGAGGCAGUGUGUGGAUGUCACUGCAAAAUCAGUUUUUAUUUCAACAAUAUUGUUAUCUAUUAUGAACUAGAGGCAACCACCCACACCACAAUCAAAUCAUGUUCCCAGCUACUUCUAUGCUUUCCUCAUUUUUUCUUGUAUUUUUAUGGCCUAUCUGGAUUUUGUCCUCAAUUUCUGGAAAUCCUUUCUUUUGUGAACAAGUUGUCAAUUUCCCAACAAUGCUACGUGAAUUGUUUUUUUUUUUUUUUCUUUCUUUUUGUUUUAUGUUUGAAAGCUUUAACUUAUCAGACGGGGAUGUAAAGACCAUUUUAAUGAAGUUUAUACUGUGAGAGCUGUGGACUGUGUUAGCAUUUGGAAACCCCAAAAGUAUUUUUUUACGCUUGUGCAGCUAUAGAUUUUUACACAGGUAGCGAUACAUUAACUAGACUAGGUAGUAUUCCCUAUGCUGGGCUGACUGGAUACCAUGUAAAUACUGGUUGUUGUUUUUUUUGUUUUGUUUUUUUUUUUUAAAUCAUGUCAUAAGUAGCCACAAUAGUAAUCUUCCUGUUUAGCUUUCUCAUAUUUAAUUAUGCUUUUUAUUUGGGUUUUAUUUUUGGAGUUAACUACCUAAUUGAGUUUACACCUAGAUCUGCCAUGUGUCUGGAAAUUGCUUAACAUUGCAUGAGCACAAAUUUAGAAUGCUCUGCAUUGCUCUUCAGAGAGAAAAAAAUAUUGAUACUUGAGAUGCCAUCAACCUGCAUGGUGGUGAUAUAUAGUUUUUAUUUUUAUUUUUAUGGCAGUAAUCUUUGGCAGACUUUUAGUGAAAAGCAGCAAGCUGGAUGUAGUUAAAAAUAUGACAAGACCUUUUAAUGUUCCAGCAUGCUGUGAAUGAGAAUGUCAAUGACAGUUUCCGGAAAAAAGCUCAUCUGUACAAAUGUUGCAGCGUGAAAUAAAGAUUUACAAUACUUA